AUGGAUCUUGACAGAGACAUGAAAGAUCUCGGACGUUUCCGAGUAUACGACUUAUCCCAAUUCGAAGGUGGCAUUAUCAUUUUCGAACGAUUAUGCGACAAAAAUUUAGGAGAGUUUGAUGAAGGCGAUUAUGGUAGAAGAGUUCAAAUGCUUUUAGAAUUUAGAACCCAUUUGUUCGGAACCAUACUUCCAGAAGUUUCCAGAAGUGACCCAAAUAUAUUCCUCGUUGUGCUAUCUCAUGAGAGCGAUAAAUAUCAUCGCUUCAAUACUGAUGACAUUUAUAGUCUCAAAGCACCUAAUCGUCGUGUGGAGGAUCAUCCUCCAAUGACUACCAUAGCAAGAAUUUUGCAAGAACUCCGUCAACGAGAUGAGAAUGGAUUGUCACCAGAUCCCGAAAUUAAUGAAAAUCUCCCUAGAGAGUUGAUUUUCCUUGAAGGACCUCCUGGGACCAGAAAAACCCGUUGUUUGGCGUAUCUCUCAGUUUUGGAAGCAAAACUAUGGAUAAGUAAUACAUUAGUACUUGCACCAAAAAAAAGUUCCUUGGAUGCCAUUUACGAGCAGUAUAAGAGCUUCCGAGACGGCGGAAAAGAAUGGCUUCAACGUGGAGCAAUAAGAAACAUUGGAUAUGUCAAGCCAAAUUGUGUUUGCUCAGAAAUGGAUAUUUUCGACCAAUUUCAUAGAGUUCCUGAAGCCAAAAUGCUUCUCAAAGUUAUAGAAAUGUGGGAGGAUAUGAAUUACAAAGAAAUAAUCUCAAGGGACAAGCUCGAAAGUCUCACAAGAGCAUUAAUGAGCAAUUUUGUCACGGACCCUUUGAAUAAAAUUUACGAAGUUAUGGAACCACUGCAAACAUUUUUCGCGUUAUCUGGCUCGCCAUUCCUUCCUUUUUUUAUAAGGUUUUUCAAGCCAAACCUUGUUAUCAUUGACGAUGCAUUGCAAGUGAUGACCAGGCAGGAAGUUCCAGAAGCAAUCAGGGAAGCGAGGUUUGUCAUAGCGAGCGACCCUCACCUUUACCCACAAACAGAUCCCAUCGAGCGACAACAUUGUGAUGAAUCCAUAGUAAAUAUUGUGUGCUGGCUGGAGGUCAAACCAAAUUUCAGCCGAUUCCGUUUGGAUACUAUUUAUCACCGAAACAGGAACAUUAUGGGAUUCGCAGUCAACCAACUAUAUCCCGAUGAUGACAUUAAUUUCUCACUUUGUACAAAGGGUGAGCUUUCGUGUACUCCUGAUGUUAAUAACCCAGCAAGAUUACAACGAAACAGAGCGACUGAACAGAACAUUGCUGCAUUUGAUACAAGUAUGGAAGAUGGGAAAGGGUUUGAGAAAUGCAUCAACGGAGACUAUAUCAAUAAUUAUGAAAUUGAUCUCUGUAUUGGCUAUUAUGAGAGCUUGGUACAUAAUGGAAUCGAUCCUGCUCAAAUUGCCAUUCUUGUGACUACUGACGCACAAAAAGCAGAGAUUCGAAAAAAACUUGACCUUCUCCCAAGCUACAACCUCUAUUGGAUCAAUUCAAAAAGAACCAUUGUUGGCCUUCCGUACGAUGUUCAAGGGAAAGAAUUCGAUGUCGUACUGUUCAGCCUCGUUAGAAACAACCCAAUGAGAGAACUUGGGAUCAUGAAUGAUUUCCGUUUCAUUCAUGCUGUCAUGAGUCGAGCGAAGUUGCAUUUCUGCUUUUUUGGAAGCCUUUGGAUGCUCAAACCGAUUCAGCCAACGACAGAAACUUCACUGCUUCCGUCAUUGUACGAGAUUCUAAGUUCUGAAAGAAAUCGACACAAUCCUUCCGGAGUAUCACACUAUUUUGACGACUUCCAUCUACUUGUCACUCACAACUUUGGUGAGCGCUGUGAACAGUUCCUUCAACGAUCGAAUGAUGGAAGAAUGAAAAGAUUGACUCGGGAAAAUCUAGAGCUUAUCCCAUUUGCAAGAAAAUAUUGGCGGAUCUAA